GUGACCCACGCUGUCGCAGUUGUUUACGACGGCUGCGAUAGCGGGCAGGCGACACGGCGCCCCGCGGCUGACAGUGUGUCUCUUCGAGCCGUCCCAGUCUCAAGCUGCAGCACUGCUCCGCGUAAGCCCCCACGCGUUCUCAACUGCCGUGUAUUACCCGACCACGAUAUUACUGCACUUGGCCGAUACGGGAAACACGCGUACAGGGUGACGACGACGCCGACGCGAUGGAGAGCUGCCCGACCAAUGCUUCGUGGUCGGCGGUGGAGGCGGCAGCGGCGGCCGGGGGCGGCGGGCUGGGGGCGGCGCUGCUGGCCACGCUGCUGACGACGCUGGCGGGGGCGCCGGCGCGCAUGCGCGCCGAGGCGGGCUACCCGCCGGACGCGGCCGACCGCCUGCUGCCCGAGUACGACUUCGUGGUGGUGGGCGGCGGCAGCGCCGGGUCCGCGGUGGCGGCGCGGCUCGCCGAGGUGGCCGAGUGGCGCGUGCUGCUGCUCGAGGCGGGGGCCGACCCGCCGCUCUCCGCAGACAUCCCGCCGCUCUUCCACAGCCUGCAGGAGUCGGAGGUAGACUGGGGCUACGAGACGGAGCCGCAGGAGGCGGCCUGCCUGGGGAUGGAGGGCCGGCGCUGCUACUGGCCGCGCGGCAAGGUGCUGGGCGGCUCCAGCGUGCUCAACGCCAUGCUGCACGUCCGCGGCAACCCGCGCGACUACGACGCGUGGGAGGCGGCCGGCAACCCGGGCUGGGCGUACCGCCACGUCAGGCCCUACUUCAUCAAGGCCGAGAGCUUCGAGAUGCCGCAGGCUGGUAGACCCCUACGGCAGAGUGGUGUGCAGGAGCCGAACCCCUGGGGCGACUACUCGGCGCCGGAGCACGGCUCGUCGGGCCCGCUGCGGCUGACGCAGCGCGCGUGGCGCAGCCCGCUGUGCGGCGCCGUGGUGCGCGCCGCGCGCCAGCUGGGGCUGCGCGUGGGCGACGCCAGCGGCGGCCGCCAGGCGGGCUUCACGCUGCAGCACGUGGCCGUGGCGGGCGGCGUGCGCCAGAGCGCGGCGCGCGCCUACCUCAGCCCGGCCGCCGCCAGGCGCAACCUGCACGUGGCGCGGCGCGCCGCAGCCACCGCCGUGCUCGUCCACCCCGGCACGCUCGUCGCCAACGGCGUGCGCUUCCUGCUCGCCGGCCGCAACCUCACCGUCCGUGCCGCCAAGGAGGUGGUGCUGUGCGCCGGCACGGUGGGGUCGGCCCAGCUGCUGAUGGUUUCCGGGAUAGGACCGCGCCGCCACCUGCAGUCCCUGGGGAUCCCCGUGGUGCGGGACCUGCCGGUGGGGGAGAACCUGCAAGACCACAUGCAGCUGGUGGCGCCCACCUACCUCUUCAACAGGUCCCACCCGCAGGAGCGCACUGUCUCCCAGUGGAUGGACGACACCUACGAAUACUUCGCGCACCGCACUGGACCACUUGCCAGCUUGGACCUCCUUCAAGUGCAGGGUUUCAUCAAGACGAAGUACGAAGAUCCCCAGGACGACUACCCCGACGUGCAGUACCAGCACAUCCGCUUCCCACACAGGGACUUCGAGACAGUGGAGCGCGUCUCCAGGGUGACGCGCUUCCGUCCAGAGGUGCACGAGGCGGUGUUCGGGCGGCCGGUGUCUCGGUCCGAGAUCUACGUGCAGCUGGCGGUGCUGCAGCGGCCGCGCAGCCGCGGCUCCAUCAGGCUGCGCUCGGCCGACCCGCAGGUGCCGCCUGCCAUCGACCCCCGGUACCUCACACACCCGCACGACGUCGCCGUGCUCGUCGAGGGCGCCAAGUUCAGCGCCCGCAUGGCCAAGACCAAGGCUCUCGCCAAGGACUUCGAGGUGGAGAUGAGCCGCGAGGCAGUGCCCGGGUGCGAGCACCUCGCCUGGGAGACGGACGAGCACUGGGCGUGCGUCGUGCGCACGCUCGCCACGACCAUCUACCACCCGGUGGGCACGUGCAAGAUGGGCCCCGCCUCCGACCCGGGCGCCGUGGUGGACGCGCGCCUCAGGGUGCACGGGCUGCGCGGGCUGCGCGUCGUCGACGCCUCCGUCAUGCCGACCAUCGUCUCCGCCAACAUCAACGCCCCCGUCGUCAUGAUCGCCGAGAAGGCCGCCGACAUGAUCAAGCAGGACUGGGGGGCCAUCGCCGCCUGAGCAACGCCCGUCCCUGUACACCGGUUGUUUCUCGAAGCGCGCACACAUCUCGUGUAUUGUACUCGUAUGAUGACGCAUUCGCCUUACUACCACUGGAUGCCUCUUCCUUCACAAGAAAUUACUAAUCUGUAAAAACUUGUUACACAACUAGCUAUUAUGGAUUCGAAUAAUGUCUCUGCCAAACUCGUUGCGAUAUUAAAACAGUUUACCAUGUUAUUGUGUUCAAGGCUGUGCAAUAAACGAGAUGCUGAAUUGCCAGAAUCGCAUGUUUUACAUACGAAAUGGAAUACUGGGCCAUCAAUAUUAGAAACUCUCUCACUGACGGCCUGGGGUGUUCUAUCUAGUUAUAAGACUAGCGUACGAUACCAAAGACUACGAUAAGCGAACGUAGACUACUGUAGCUCUCCUUGUCGCUUUGGUCAGUUAAGAUCUUACACGCACUGCCUAUACGUCAGGUGUGUUGCAUACCUAUCGGUCGUUACCUCAUUACGAUCGCUUUCUUUACGUAUGUCACAGUGUCUUACAAGAUUCCCCUAAAAAGCAGAAGCGCUGAACCGUCUAGAAACUGAGUGAGGGUUUAUGAAAGGCCGGUGACCCAGCGAAAACUGUUCUACAUUGUUAUUCUCCAGGUUGUUAAUCAAGAAUGAACAUUAUUUACAGCAAAACUGAAAUUGUCAAUGUUUAAUUCAAAUUUGAUUUGGAAAUUAUCGGUUUGUAACGUAAAACAGACGAAUGUUGUAGUAAAAAUAAAGAAAACGAUACAGAUAUAUCAUGUAGCGUCAGAAAACACAAUUUCCUCAACAAAAAGAUAAAGCAAAAAACCGCAAAACAAAAAUAUGUAUCAUACAUCACUUCAAUACUUCGUCGCAUUUAUACAAAACAUGUUUAUCUCAUUCAUAAACAAUUUUCGCAUUUAUCAAUAAUAACAGGAAACUCUUUCCUUUGAUAAUGAUUAAAA